AUGAACACUAUGGAUGUUAAUCAUAUAGAGAAUAAUGGGAAUAAAAAAAUUCACUUAAUAAAUAUAGAAUCCAAUGAUAUGAAAACUUGUUCAAGAAGAGGUCGAAAAUCAACAAUUCCACCAGAACUUAGAGAACAAACAAGACGUAUUAAAAAGCAAAACAUCGAAAGAAGUCGUCGUGCAUGUAUAGCAAAUAAAAUGUCUGAAUUACAUAAAUUAGCCAUGAAUUUGAUUGGAUUAAAUAUAUCAGAGCAACAAAAAACGGAAAAAGUGGAUAUAUUAGGCAUGUGUUAUGAAGUGUUUCAAAAUGUAGCAGUAUUAUUAAAUGAGAACCCAGAAUUAAAAGAGAAAUUAAAACAAAUGUGUCAUGAAAUUAGAUUAAAAUCUUUUAAUAAACAGCAUGAUAUAUCUAAUAAUCAUUAUGAUAUAACCAUUAAUAAAUCAAAUGAAUCUAUUACAAAUUCAACUAUUCACCAAUCACCAUCAUCAUGGAAUAAAGAAAAUUAUAAUCCUACAAAUCAAAAUUUAUUAAUUCCUUCUGAACUGAGUGCAUUUACACCUAUACGUAAUAUAAACAAUACUAAUUUACAUAAUUUUAAUCAAUUAAAUUAUCAAUCUACACCAAUUCAAUUACCGUUUAUUAAAAAUGAUAGUGGUUAUUUUGAAAUGAAUCAUUCAUCAACUUCAUUUAUUCAUACAAAUCCUAUUCAUUUAAGAACAGUACAUAUGUCUAAUGAAUCUACUUAUACACCUCAAUUAUCAUCUUUACAAAUGAAUUCUAUCAUAUCAAAAUUACAAUCAAAAGAAAACAUAUCAAUGAAUGAAAUGCUUACAAAUCAUCAUGAAACAACUAAACAGAAUAUUAUGUGGAGACCAUAUUUAGAUUAGAAUUUAAAAAAUAAUGAUAAAAAUAUUAUUUUUUUAUACUAUUCAUUUUUAUUGAUAUACUGAUAUAAGACUUCCUUACAUGGAAACUACCUUCUUUUCAUUACUUAUCCACAUUUUUAUUUUAUUAUUCAUUGAUUACUUCCUUUUUUUUUUAAAUGAAAGCACAAAAGAACUACACCCAUUAAAACCCUAUUUAUAUUUUAUAUUUAUACAUGUACAUUAGUUUACUCUUUAGAUAAAUCAAUUUAUUUUAGUUCAAUUUUUAGAGUUGCCCAUGUUGAGAUUAUAUUUUUUGAUAUACUAUUUUACUUAUAGACAAAAUAAAAUUUGUUAUUUGUAAAAUUUUGUUUAUCAUAUAACCCAUUAAAUCCGAAAAAAAAACUGAGUAAAGGAGAUGUAGCUUAAAGUUUACAAGAGUUCAGAUUGAUCGAUAAUGAACAAAGGUAUGUCAUAAUGAUUGAAAUCAAA